AUGGCGCCGAUUACGCGAGUAUACACGGACAAGGCGCCGAAGCCUCUGCCUCAAUUUUCGCAGGCUGUUAAGUACAACGGCAUGGUAUACUGCUCGGGCAACAUUGGCCUCGAUCCGGCGACUUUCAAGAUGGUUGAUGGCGGCAUCAAGGAACAGACGCGACAGGCACUCCGUAACCUCUCGGCGGUGCUGGCGGAGGCAGGAAGCAGUUUCAACAACGUCGUGAAGGUUAACAUUUUCAUAACUACGAUGGACAACUUUUCCACGAUGAACGAGGCUUUCGAUGAGUUCUUCACGCAAGAUAUCAAGCCGUGCCGUACUUGUGUGGCAGUUUAUCAACUGCCACUUAAUGCCCUAGUGGAGAUUGAGUGCACAGCAUUCUUGGACUCGGCGGCAAAGCUAUAG